GUUACGCAACGCGCCCAGUACAUGGCUUGUCUGCCUUCCAAGGCUGGUACAAUAUUUCUCAAUGAAGACAAAGAUCAAUCGCCCUGUCGCCAAAUGAUUCCAUCCACAUCCAGGCACUAUGUGGUCGCACUGGCGGCCCAGCACGACGCCGCAUCGUGUCCUGCCCACCCACGUCGUCGUCAUUUCGAGACAUCGUGAUGGCUGACCACGAGGGAAAGCAAGCAGCUUGGUCAGCCAGCUCCUCCAUGGAAUGACAAAUACGCAGUAUCACUACUCUCUGUAACCCUUUAAAAGGCUCCGUGGUUACAAACAACGUUGCUUCUACAGCUCAACCUCCAUCCUCUUCGAACAGCACUAUCCUAGAACAACUACCAAAUCCACCAAGAACCGUACAUUACCAUGGCCGUGACAGAUUCCACCGUCGUCUUCAUCAGUGGUGUAGGCAAGGGCAUCGGCGCCGGCAUCGCCAAGCUCUACCUCUCCCGCCCCAACCACACCGUCAUCGGCUCCGUCCGCGACCUCUCCACGCCCUCCGUCGCCGAGCUCAAGGCCUCUCCCACGGCCCCCGGCUCCAAGCUCCUGCUCGUGCACAUCGAAUCCACCUCCUCCACCGACCCCGCCGCCGCCGUCGAGGCCAUCCGCGCCCAAGGAAUCGACCACAUCGACAUCGCCAUCGCCAACGCGGGCGCCAUGCCCUCCACCGUUCCCAUCGAGGAAGUCGACACCAAGGACAUGUUGGAGAACUACCACAUCAACGCCAUCGGCCCUUUGCUCCUCUUCCAGGCGAUUUUGCCGCUGCUGAAGAAGGGGACAGAGCCCAAGUGGGCGAGCGUGUCGACUACGGCUGGAAGUAUUGGGCUGGUUGAUGCGCUGGCAGCCUGGAUCUUGCCGGCGUAUGGAGGCGCGAAGGCGGCGUUGAACUGGCUUACUGCUGCUAUUGCGAGCAGCCAGAAGGAGUGGUUGACUACCAUUGCGCUGCACCCGGGUUUGGUCCAGACUGGACCAGGGAAUUGGGUUGCGCAGAAGGUGGGGUUGGGCGAUAAGGCGCCGGUUACGGUGGAGGAUAGUGCGGCGGGUGUUGUUAAGCUGGUGAGUUUGAGCUUUCUGUCCUGUGGGAGGUAUUGAGUUUGUUUUGCUGACGUCAAAUUCCCGUGUGUAGGUCGACGGUCUCACUAAGGAGUCCAAUGGCAAGUUCUACAAUGCUGUUGAUGGUACUGAGGUGCCAUGGUAAAAAGAGCGUCGAUGGAUGGCGCUGAGUUGUUAAGGAGCAGCCAAAUCAGAGAUUGUUUGUUCGGUCAUAUACAAUAGAGAUCUAGAUAUUCAAAUUCCACCGAUUAUAC